AUGCAUCCCCGAUUGCGGCGCUGGCACCUGCGGAACGACAUUCUCGUCCGGAAGAGAGGUCGAGAGGAAGUGCUGGCGGCAAACGCCAUCUGCGACGUUGACGACUGGACCGGCCGCAGCCCUGUCAUCUCCAAAAUGAAACUUCGGCUGCGACGUCGCCGGAGACCAUGGGGUAGGCGACCAACAGGUAGCCUAAAUACUGUCCCCCUCGCCGUAAAGAACAAACUGCCAGAGCCUACAUCGGCCGCGUACGAACACUAACAAAGCGGUCGUCUUCAGAUGUCGCCGCCUAGCGCAGCAACAGCUGCGGGAGAUGCAGGACGAUUGGAUGGAUCGCGGGGUCGAGGAAAUCCAAGGAUAUGCGAACCACAAUGAAAUUAAGGACUUCGCAUCGAUCAAGGCAAAGCGCAAGGGAACCGCGAAACUUCACAGCUCCCACGGAACAACACCCCUCACGAGAAAUUACAAAUCCUGAAGCACUGAGUCCAAAACUUUAGAGCAGUCCUUACUCGCCCCUUCACGAUCUCCGACGCUGUUAACGGCAGACUUCCUCAAGCGACUACGAUCAAUGACCUGCACCUCCCCCCUCCCCUCCCAGAAAUCACGAGAGCCGUUCAACAGCUCUCCUACAGGGAAGCGCCAGACUCCAGCGGGACCCCGGCCAGCGUCUACAAGCACGGCGGCCCCGGUUGA